AUGAAUUUGAUCAAGAAGACAUUCUUCGGACUUUUGCUGUAUGUUUUAGAAUAUUCAGUGGGUGAUGGAAAUUUAGGUUCGAAUUUCUACCAAGUAACAAAGCAUCUUCAUAACUUGCUUUUGCAAAAUUACUCCAAAGAUAUACAUCCAGUUUUGUAUCAUAAGAAACCUGUAACGAUUUCUGUGGCCGUCGUUCCAAAGGCUAUAAUCAAUUAUGAUGAGAUAGGAGGAACCUUAAGUAUGUCCCUCGGUCUCGAACUUUCUUGGACUGACGAACUCAUAAGAUGGAAUCCUGCGUCAUUUCACAAUAUUUCCGCCCUUCGUAUUCCCUCGUCCAAAGUGUGGGCACCCCGUCUUUUUGGUCCUAAUGCGUUUGACACCUUUUCCAUUGACGCGGACAACUCUCGCAGUGUGUUAUAUGUGUAUGAUGGAACCUCAACAUAUACAGUCGGAGUUCGUUCUUCCACGCUCUGUUCGCCUAAUUCGAGGUACUUUCCAUUCGACACUCAAACGUGCUACAUUACUAUAAUAACUUUAACGUCAUUUUUUGAAGAAAUAUUUGAAGCAAACCAUGUGUCAGAACACUUGUUUGAAGAGAAUCCAAUUUGGAUACUUCUCUCCUUGCAGACUUCAGUUGAAACUGAUGAAAUAAUGUAUUCAUCAGUUUUUAAAAUAAUGGUAAAACUUCAAAGACGCCAUUCCUUCUUCAUGGUGAACAUAUUUGCUCCCGUAAUAUUUCUAGCCAUUGUCAAUCUGUUCGUCUUUAUGUUACCGGUUGAAUCAGGCGAGCGAGUGUCUUACGCCAUCACUGUGUUGCUUUCGUUUACUGUGUUUCUGUCUCUACUCACAGACUACAUUCCAAAAUCUAGUCUGACAAUUUCCUUGUUCUCAAUCUACAUGUUCACUGUGUUGGUCUACAGUUCUCUGAUCACAUUGACCGUGAUAAUCAUCUCCGACAUUCAUUUUACAGUCGAGGGUCAGUCUCCGAAGUCCUUCACAGCUAGAAUGGUAGUAAGAAUAAUGAAGGGUCAGAAGAUCAAAACCCGUAAUGUUGUGACUGAAGUAACUCCUGUAGAUGUCCAUGUAGACAAUGAAAAAAAGCAAAAAUUCCAUAUCGACUACAAAACAUUAUCUUGUACUCUGGAUAACAUUUUCAAAAAUAUAUAUGCUGUAUUUUUUCUAUUAGUAACAAUAUUUUUUAUGACAUUCAUUGCUUUUGAAUUAUAAACUGAACAAAAAUGAAUAUAUUUAUCAUGCAUUUUUAAGUUAACUAGCAAAUAAUGUCAUGUAUUUACAAAUUUUAACAUAUCUCGGAUGGUUUAAACAAUUUUCAUCAAGUUAAGUGUAAUAUGUUGCUUUUAGUUGAAUAUAUUAUAUUUAUUCAUAGAGUUGAAGCUUUAAACAUAUCUUUUUAAAAAAUGCGCUGUUGUAUUAUUAUUAAAAACAACUUGAUUGAAAAAAAAUUAAGACUGGUCAAACUGAAUAUGAACUUAGAAUGCACAUAAAAUGAUAAACAUUUCUUAUUACUCAGUUAUAUCCUCUGAAUUAUGAAACAUAAUAUGACAACCAAACUAUCUUUGUAUAUCACUGCAAGAGUAAAUAUAAACGUAAGCAUUCUGUGCAAGAAUGUCUUUUAAUCAAAUUGCUCUGAUUUAUAGCAUAAAAGAUAUCUAAGUAAUUUUUGGGGUGUUAUUAUAAACAUGUUAAAACGAAAAAAUUAAGGAGAGCAAAAUGUGAAAAGGAAUGUUUAUAUUGCAUGGCGCAUUUCUUGACUGAUUUGAUUUUACAAACAUACUCUAUUGAAUAUAAGUUAAUUAGCAUUACCAAAACUUUUUUUUGUUAUUAAAAGAACAUAUU